UUUGCUUACAAGCUAGCAUUCGCCAAUCAGAACGCCGAGAAUGCACUGAGGAUAAUGAUUGGAAGACCUAGUGUGUAGUCGUAGAGGUGGUGAGUUUCGAUCGAGUGGUGUGUGAAGCUGUACGACAGCGGCGAUUUAAACGAUUGCGAAUCAGCGUUUUCAUACGGACUAAACCGAAUUCUUUUUGAAAUUUAUUGUACUAUCUAUAUAUUCAGUUCAAUUAAUAUAAUUUUGAUGGAAUGCGAGUAAAUGUGUUUGGUGAAGUUCUGUUUGUACACAGUUGUCAUCGUCAUACAGUACUCUCAGACUCAUAAUGUACAUGAAAACAGUGCUCGAAUAUAUGUCAGUUGACAACACAGUGUCAGAGUAAUUUGUAUACCGAAAGAAAGAGGCAGUGAGCGCAAAGCAGAUCAAAAUGGAAGGAAACAUUGAAAGAGAAUGCAGCGCGUUGGGAGGACUAUUUCAACAGAUAAUCAACGAUAUGAAGAAUGGAGCACCACUGUGGGAGGACCUUAUCGCCAAAGCUACGAAGUUGCACACAUGUUUGAAGGCAACAAUCCAGGCUAUCGCGGCUUACCUGGAUGCCUUCCAAAAGAUUGCAGACGCCGCCACUAACACCAGAGGUGCUACCAAGGAGAUCGGCACUGCCUUGACACGAAUCUGCCUCCGACACAAAGCAGUGGAGGCCCGUAUGAAGACAUUCACAAGCGCCAUCAUGGACUGCCUGGUAAUUCCACUACAGGAGAAGCUAGAAGAUUGGAAGAAGGCAGUCAUUAAUUUGGACAAAGAACAUGCUAAAGAAUACAAACGUGCCCGUGCUGAACUAAAGAAGCGAUCAACAGAUACUCUGCGAUUGCAAAAGAAAGCUCGAAAGGGUAAGAAUGGUGAAUUGCAGCGCAGGGUAGAGAGCUGCUUGCAAGACGUGAAUGAACGCCGGCAACUUUUGGAGGAAACGGAAAAGAAGGCAGUGCGUGAGGCACUUGUAGAAGAACGCAGCAGAUACUGUCUGUUGGUUGCUUUCUUGAAACCGGUUGUGGAUGAAGAAGUUGCCAUGCUGUCGGAGCUGUCACAUCUUCAAGAAGUUGUUGAUCAAAUUCAGAAACAUACAGCUGACCCAUACACACUACCACCUGCAAGUGAACAAGUGAUUGCAGAUCUAAAGGGCUCUGAUAGCAACUGGUCAUUCCAAACACCACCAAGCAGUCCCAGCUCUCUUGGGUCACGAAAAUCGAGCAUGUGUAGCAUCAGCUCACUUAACAGUUCUUCCAGUGGCAGUAGCAAGUCACAUCAUUCUCCAAGUCACCAUUACUGGCAUCGGUCAUUGUCUCAGCAUCCCCUGCCUGCAAGCUUACCACGCAUAUCCAGUGUUUCUUCCCAGGAUUCGGGCUUCACAUCACAGGAUACGCUGUUUGUGCGGCCACCGGCAGUACAGGUGUCAAAUGCUUCUGAACAGAGCAGCAGUGGUAGUAACCCCAGUACACCAUCAGCCCCUUUUGUGAGUGCCAGUUCAACCAGCACGCUUCCCACAACUACUUCAACCUGGCCAAAUCUACAAGAGACUCUACAGUUUGAGCGUGCUGCCACAGCAAUUAUGAAUGAUCGUCCACAUACAAUUUCAUCAGCAUACGAACGUGGUCAUCAGAGACCGCCACUAACAGUAUACACAUUCCAAGCACCUGAAGCAAGCCACUCACAGCCAGUGAGUCCAGUUUCUGCAUUGGGAGUGGCAGCUGCAACAUCAACUACAGCAACAACAGAUGAUGGGUCUCCUGUGUAUGCUCGGCCACCGAUCCCUCAGCGUUGCUCUUCACUUGAGAGGCCAUCAAGACCAACAACUGCCUCACCAAAAAUGUCUAUACCAUCAGCCAGUACACAGGCUGGCAUUGCGAAGGCUGCGGCAGCUAUUGCUGCUGGCCGGUCAGUUCAUUUAAAGACUGAUCCUCCGAAAAUUAUUUUGCCUGGUGCACAACAGUCUGCAAGCAAGGAACCAUCACAGCCUAUGUAUGUAAAUAUGCAUGAACUAGCCAGUAUGGCUGCAAGCAAAGCACAGGAGAUGAACUUCCCACCUCCGCCACCAGAGCUUACCAAUCCUCCAACUGAGACUCCUGAUAAGGUUGAAACUGGAGAGAAAGAUGGGAGCACAAGUGAAAGUUCACUUGAGUCGUCCAGUGGUUAUGGCAGCCAGAUAAUUACCAUGGAAGAUGCUGCUCACAAUGAAGGAUACCCAAGUGGAACUAUGCGUAACUCUCUGCUCAGGCGUAGUUCAGUACAAGGUCACAAACCACCUCCACCCAUCCGCCGGACGUCGUCUAUUUCUGGGCGAGCUUUAAGCCCUGUCGGUGGUAGCAUGGAAAAUUUGCCACCUCCGCCAGCCUUUCUGCUUCAGGAUGGCUGUGGAAAUGGCGACACUGGGCGCGAGAAGGAAAGAGCUGGGAGUGUCGCAGAGACUGUGCGUACACUGACAGAGUUGAGACACCAGCCGGCCAGCCCAGUGAUGCCGCGCCGCGUUCCUCCGUCCCAGCGGCAGUCAGCGCCACCAGCAACACACCUUCCCCAAGAAACUACCACCACAGUGGCAACACGGGCUGCACCAGGGCGAGGCGGCGCAGCUUUCUUGCAGGCACUCAAUGACAAACUAGCCCUGCAGCAGCAGGCUGCUGCACAGGGGCAGCUCCGUGCAGGCAAAGUGAGGCAGCUCAUCGCUAGCCGAACUGUCUCGGACCCUACCACCUGCCAUGAAUCUCUUAUGGACCAAAUACGACGAGGGACAACUCUCAGGAGAACGGGAACCGUCAAUGACCGAUCUGCACCGAGGAUACGCUGAGCCUUGUCUCGGCGGGCGGACUUGUCCGUCAGCCGACUGUCAUCACCAGCAGCAUUCUAAGACUUUGAUGAACAUGAAGAUCUCAGGUGUGUGUGCUAUCUGCCACGUGUACAAGACUGAUGUGUACUUGUUGGAAAUUCACUUACUGGUGCUAUUGUUCCUUCUCAUGGGGUCUAGACUGCUUGCAUUUCUGUGUAUUUCUCUUUGUUCCCAAUUUUACUUAAACUGAAGAUUGGAUCUCCCAAGCAAAGAGGAAACAGUCUUGUCUUGUGUAGCAUUCUAAAUUGAAAGCAGCAGUCAUUAUUUUGCUGUUACUCAUUUCUGCCAAAGAUACAGCUUGUUACAUCAUAACUCUUGGCAGUAAUGUAGAUGCUGAGGCUUUAGAUUGAUAUAUAAAUAAAAUGUGAUACUUUACACCUAACAUUCCAGCAGCAGUGUCAACUGCGGUUACUAAUUGCUUGUACGGAGGUCAGCCCGUAUGUAAAUGCUGACAGUUUUCUUCAGAACUCUGAAGAGAUGAUAAGAUGUCUACAAAUGGAUGAUUUGCAUUGUGUGUAAAUAUAUUCAGUAUCCCAAGUGAUUUCCUGAUAAUGUUUGUAUAAGCAGCAUUUGAUAACAGAUUAUAUGUAUAUGUAUUGUAAUAUUUUGUUUGUACAGUCAAAACUUCUAUAAAUUGCUCUGUAUUUAAAGAUGCAUUUCUUGUACAGUUCAAGACCUCUAUUCUUUGUAAAGUUGAAGUUGACACUUUUAUAUGUUACGUGUAGCAAGGAGAGAGUCGAUUUCAGGGAAAAAAAAAAAUAUGUGUUGCAAUUACAGCCUUUAUGGGGUAGUGACUACACACUGCCAC